CAGUACGUUUGAAAAUAAUAGCAUUGUUGUGAGGAUGACGCGUGUAUUUUCAAUACUUUCUCGUCAUCUAGACUCUAGACCACAAAUGUCAAAUAGGUAACCAUUCGACUCAGCUGUGCCUGUGCCCAGCACAGAAAGGUGACUGACUGCUUGACGUUAAGUGGCUUGCUCCGUUGUUCUUUCUGAUUGAAUAUUUUUCAACACAGUGAAGAAAUUCUGUUAACUAUCGAUUAAACUCGAAGAACUAACGUACGUCAUGAGUGAAUUGAGUCAAGAAGAGAUACGACGACGUCGUUUAGCGCGACUAGGUGCGCUCGGAGCUACCGCCCCAUCCCCUGCCCCUGGCAGCCCUCCACCUACUCCGGGUGCCUCCUUGACUAGCACUGACACAGCUAAUGUGCAGCAACCUUCGUCUCGCUUAUCACCGUCACCUCGGGGUUCCACAGAAUCGAAUACAUCAUCUGACAGUGCUACCAUAAAUAGAGAGAAUAACUUUGCAGAUGGAGUUAGUAACAGUGAAGUGCCAGAUCAAAAUAAAAUACCAUCGGAUAGUUUGAUUGUGACAGAAAAAACUGAAAAUAAUUUGUUGGAUGAGAUUCCAGAUACAAAGAUGACUGAUCUCUCACAAACCAGACAGUACAACAGUUUUGAUUCCAUGGGUGAAGAUACAUUGUUAAGUUGUGGGUCAGUGCGUGUAGGUAGUUUACCUCAGUCGACUGUGAGUGGCUCUGAAGGUGCAUCAACAAGAGAGGACAGUACCUCAAGGUCUAUUUCUCCACCUCAGUUUGUGGAGCCACCUCCGGUGCGCCCACGGACUUAUGCAUCCCCAAGUUGCUCCCGUCGCUCCCUCUCAAUGGAAGUGGAUGAUGUAUCAGAAAGAAAUUCACAAUCAGAACAGUCACAACAAGAACCUAUGGAUAUAGAAGAAGAUCCAUCACAGUCACCAGCAAGAAAGAUCCACAGAACAAGAACAGUGAGUAGCACUGAACUUUCUGAAGAGCAACUGAGAAUUAUUGUUUCCAAGAUACUGCAAAUAUCAUGGUCUGAAGAGAUUGUGGGAGGGAUGUUUGUACCUAUAGUAGCUGCAAUGUUACUUGACAAUCCUAAACUUAGCUUAGAGGAAUUAGCAUCUGAGGCUCUCAUUGAUAUCAUCACUCAGCUCGAGGAUGGAGCUGAUCCAUUAAAUCAGAAACUAAUCGCAAUCGCUGAAACAACCAAAAGACUGAUGGAAGACUGUGGGGAUGAUGCCUUGUCGAGUGGACCCCUAAGUUCCGAGACAGAUAAUCAAAAAGGUGGUAACACCGUAAACGUGGUUCUCCCCAAGACUAUCCCGACACAAGGUUUAGCUGUUAGCUAUCUUUUACGAUUCUUCAAUAAUAUUAAUCUUUACUCAAGAGAUUUUCCAAAGAAAGCUUCAGAACCACCUUUGAGGGAUUUAUUAUUAAAUCUAAGGACCUUAAUUGUUAAACACUUGGUGUUGGUGCUCAGAGGGAAAUUUAAUUUAGAAAAAUGCAGAAAAUCACCUUUGUUGCCUUACAUCUUAAUCGGUAGCACACCAAUCGGCCUAAUUCCUGAAUUACUUUUGGCUACUUAUUUAGAAGAAUCUUUCGAAGAGGUGUUUGUGCCACUAUUAUUGGGAAUAAGAGAGGAGAUGCGUCGCAGCGUGUCCCCGCUGAACGGGCGGGGUCAUGGACAGGCGCUGCGAGCGCUGCGCUCCUUGUGCGAGCUGCGCGCGGGGCCGCGGCACGCGCUGCGCCCCAUCUGCACCCUCAUCGUGCGCCUACCCAGUCUCUGCCCACCCUCCGUCACCACCGCACCCGGCAGGGAAAUAGCAAGAGCUAGCUUCUUAGGACCAUUCUUUGCUGUAUCACUUUUCGCGGAGGAGAAUCCUCGCCUCGCGGAACGUUUGUUCGCGACGGGGUCCAGCGACCGCAGCCUCGCGUUCGCUCUGCAACGCGAAUUGGAAGCUAGCAGGAAUACUCUCCACACUAUUUGCCAUAACAUACUGCUCUGUCCUGAAGCUAGAGAACCCUUCCUCAAUUACUUUGCGGAACUACUCCAAAGAAAUGAACACAGAAUUCGCUACAGAAACGAUGACAGAUCAUUAGCUGGCGAUGGGUUCAUGCUAAACGUAUGUUCGGUGCUGCAGCUGCUGUCUAUCCGCAUCAAGCUGGAGCGCGUGAACCCCUUCUAUACUUUCCAGCCCAACACCUGGAUAGACAUCCGUGACGACACCCGCCUCUACUACACCUCGCAGGAGGCGCAGGACUGGCUCGACGCGUUGAACAAAGACCCGAACCACAAAUGGCCCGAGGCGAAGUUCCAGACGGUCUGCUGGUUCCUGACCCUGCACAUGCACCACGUGGCUCUGAUCCCCGCGCUGCACACGCAUCAGCGACGCAUAAGAGCGUUCCGCGACCUGCAGAAGGUGAUAGAGGAGCUGAUGGGCGCGGAGCCGCAGUGGCGCAACACGUACGCCGCGCUGCGCAACCGCGAGCUGCUGCGGCGCUGGCGCAGGCAGAUCAAGAGGCUGCAGAGGUCAAAACAAUGUGCGGAGACGGCGCUCCUGGACCAUCCGGUGGUGACGUGGCUGCUAACGGCAGUGUGUAACUCCCGCCUGCUGAAGAACCCCUACCUCGUCGCCAAGAUUGUCGAAGUACUGUUCGUCAUUAACCUCUCUAUACCACUGAAGCUCAAGAAUGUAUACGAAAGAUUCAUGGACCACCCGAUGUCUCAGACGUCUCUGCCGAGCGCCCUGAUGCGCUUCUACACGGACAUUGAGACGACCGGACAGAGCACAGAGUUCUACGACAAGUUCACCAUACGAUUCCACAUUAGUAUCAUACUCAAGGGCAUGUGGGACCGUCCCAUACAUAAACAAGCCAUAGUGAAGGAGUCUCGCUCGGGGCGGCAGUUCGUCAAGUUUAUCAACAUGUUGAUGAACGACACCACAUUCCUACUCGACGAGUGUCUUACGUAUUUGAAACGUAUCCACGAGGCGCAGGAGGGCGGGCCGUCAACUGACGUGCGCGCGCGCGCCCUCGCACAGGACGAGAGGCAGUGCCGCUCGUAUCUCACACUCGCCAGGGAGACGGUGGACAUGCUGGAGUACCUGACGGUGGACAUCAAGGAGCCGUUCCUGCGCGCGGAGCUGGUGGACCGGCUCGCCUCCAUGCUCAACUUCAACCUGCAGCAGCUUUGCGGCCCCAAGUGCAAGAACCUCAAGGUGCGUCGCCCUGAGAAGUACGGCUGGGAGCCGCGGCGGCUGCUGAGCCAGCUGGUGGACAUCUACCUGCACCUCGACUCGCCGCACUUCCACGCCGCGCUCGCCGCUGACGAGAGAUCAUUCCGUAAGGAGCUGUUCGAGGAGGCGGCGGUGCGGCUCGCCAAGUCCUGUAUAAAGACGCCCAACGAAAUAGAGCGCUUCAAGGCGCUCGCUGAUAAUGCAUAUAAAAUUGCCGUAUCAAAUCAGCAAAAGAGCGAUGAGUACGCGGACGCGCCGGAGGAGUACCGCGACCCGCUCAUGGACACGCUCAUGACUGAUCCCGUUGUGCUGCCCUCGGGGAAGGUUAUGGACAGAUCGGUGAUCUUGCGGCAUCUUCUCAACAGCGCCACAGACCCCUUCAACAGGCAACCGCUCACUGAAGACCAGCUGCGUCCAGCUUCAGAACUCAAAGAGAAGAUAAUUCAAUGGCAACGCGAGAAGAAAUCGUCGUAAGUGUUCGUAGUGUUCACUUGUAAUGUAUAUAAUUAAACAAAUACAUAUAUAUAAAGACUAGACGUUGGGUAGUUGUCCAGCCGCGAACGGAUUAUUGUCCUAAUAUAUUAUUGUGAGAUUAUUGUAAGCAAGUUAUUCUAGUGGCAGUUUUUAAGAUGUUCAAAACUGGUUGUAGCACAAACCUUUGUUGCUUCAGAACAAGGGGGCAAAGUAUUAAACGUGUCAAAAUUAUCAAGUAUAGAACACAUUAGAAAAUACUUUGAGCCGUGUUCAUGUUUUUGGCGGCUCAAGGUCAUGUGCGCGUGCGCAGUUCCCCCUCCCCUUACGCACCACUACGUGAAACUGUGUUUUGUGACACGUGCCGUGUUCCUUGCCGCCAAGAUAUUAGAUAACCUCAAUAUCAAUAUUUCAUUACCCAAAUUUAACCAGUUUCCUUCUAGAGGAAACGUGAUUUUUUUUAUUUAAUAACCAUUAACUAAAUUUAUAAUUUUAUCUGGUAUCAUUUCAUAUGCCAUAUUUUAUA